AUGUCGGCCUUGCAGGGCCUCAAGAGCAGCGUGCUGCGGCAGCGCCCGUCCCUCCGGCGCCGCGCCGAGGAGGAGCCCGGCCGCGCCCUGGUGGACCCGCCGGCCACGGGAGCCUGGACGCCCGCGGGCGGCGCCGAGUUCUUCGCCCACAUGCGCCUGGUGCUGCGGAAGGGGGACGGCAGACGGUGCCUGCCGCGUCCCGAGGUCCUCCUGCGCAGCAGCUCACCAGCUCCCGCGGAGCCUGUGGACCCCGCUCGCGGCCUGAGGGCGCUGACCCCCGAGGAGGUGGAGAUGCUCUACGAGGAAGCCUUGUACACGGUCCUGCACCGAGCGGGCGCCAUGGGCCCUGACCAGGUGGACGACCAGGAGGCCCUGCUGGAAUACCUGCGGCAGGUGUUCGGCGCCAGCCCCGAGGAACACGCCGUGGCGCUGCAGCGGGCACAGGACAGCAAGGCCCCCACGUACGUCCUGAAAGUCUCUGUCAUGCGGGCCAAGAACCUGCUGGCCAAAGACCCCAACGGCUCCAGCGACCCGUACUGCGUGCUGGGCAUCCUGCCGGCCUCGGGUGCCCCAUGGGAGGCCGCCCGGUACCCGCAGCAGCGCUCCCGCCUCCCCAAGGGCAGCACGCGCGGCGGCCCCCUGCCGGCCAAGUGCGUCCAGGCCACGGCGGUCCAGAGCAGCACCCUGAACCCCGUCUGGACGGAGCACUUCCUCCUUGAAGUCGAGGACGUCCGCACAGACCAGCUGCGACUGGACGUCUGGGACCACGACGAUGACGUCUCCCUGGUGGAAGCGUGCCGGAAGCUGAACCAAGUCAUCGGCCUAAAGGGCAUGGGCAGGUACUUCAAGCAGGUGGUCAAGGCAGCCCGCACAAAUGGCCCGGCAGGGGCCGGUGAGGACCACACGGAUGACUUCCUGGGGCGCCUGGACAUCCCCAUCCGGGAGGUGCCCGUGGCCGGGGUGGACCGCUGGUUCAAGCUGGAGCCCCGCUCCAGCGCCUCCCGCGUGCAGGGGGACUGCCAGCUGGUCCUCAAGCUGAUCACCACGCAGAGGGACACGGCCCUGAGCCGGCGGGGCAGGCCCGGCUUCCUGUCCUACCUGCUGCUGCUCAGCCGUCUGCUGCAGUUCGAGCACCUGGCUGAGGAGCCCAACCCCGGCGGCUGGCGCGGCGAGCUCAGCGGGCCUGCGGCCACCGUCCUCUGCCUGCUGGGCGCCCAGAGCGACCUGUCCGCGCUGCAGCUGGCGGUGCUGCACUGGCAGGUCAGCAGCCGCCACCACCAGGCCCGCACCUUGGACUACGGCUACCUGCUGGGGCUGCUGGAAGACGUGCAGGCGCACUGGGAGGAGGCCGCCUCCCUGCCCCAGGAGCAGGAGGAGAGCCUGGCCGACAGCUUCUCCACCUUCGCCGAGUUUGGGCUGGGGCUGCUGAGCCAGCUCCGAGACUACUUCCCCGCCACCAACAGCACGGCCGUCGACCGCCUGGAGCUGCUGCUGAAGUGUCUUGGCAAACUGCAGCUCUUCCAGCCUUCCUCGGAGGUCUGCCCCUUCAGGACGGGGCUAAACAUGGACAUCGCUGGAACCCUAAAGAGAGGCAACCGCGAAUGGUACGACAGGCUCCUGAACGCCAAGAGUCCUCGGGAGCAGCCGGGGCCGCAGCGCCUUGCCGGGCUGGUCGCACUGGCCGAUGCCGUCUACGACGACCUGCAGUCCUGCUAUGGCAUCUACGCCGGCCUCUUCCACAGCAUCAAGAUCGACAUCUUCACCCUCACCUUCCGGCAGCUGGAGUGUCUGGUGGCUGAGGAGGCCUGGGUGCUCGCAGAGGAGCUGAGCCCCAAGCUGACCCCCGAGGUGGCCUCGGCGCUCCUCGAGCUCUACCUGACCCUGGCGGACAUCCAGCGUUUCUGGCGCUGCAUCCCCGGCCGGGACGGCCGCUCCCUGGCCCUGGCCGGCAUCCACGAGCAGUUUCUGCCCGCCGUGAAGCUCUGGCUGCAGGCGCUGCGGGACCAGGCCAAGUGGCGGCUUCAGGGCGCCGUGGACGUGGACACACUGGAGCCCACGGAGGCCUCCUCCAAGCACAGCAGCUCUGCGGCCACUGCAAGCCUCUGCUUCAGCCACAUCCAGGAGCUCUGGGCCCGCUUGGCAUGGCCGGACCCUGCCCAGGCCCGGGAACUGGGCGCCCAGCUCAGCCAGGACCUGGGUGAGGCGGCCCUUUUCUACACCGAGGUGCUGCGGAAGAAGGUGCACACCCCGCCCAGGGCGGUGGGCGAGGCGGCGAGUGAGCAGCUCUGCGUGGUGCUCAACGACUUGGAGCUGGUGCGCAAGGCCGCCGGGCAGGCGCUGCGGGGCCUGGCCCCGCCGGAGGGGGCCCCGGGACCCCAGGGGUUGCUCCCGCGCCCCCUGCUCAGCUGCGCGCAGGCCCUGGAGGAGAACCUGCAGCAGGAGGCCGGCACCGUGACGGCACACCUGACCUCGCAGAUGGCGGGCGACAUCACGAAGUACGUGCAGCACGUCAGCCUCUCCCCGGACUCCAUCCAGAGCGAGGAGGCGGCGGCCCCUCUCCUCAAGUACCUGGACGCGAAGCUGGUGCUGCUGAGCGCGGCGCUGGAGGAGGCGUGCCUGAGCAGGAUGCUGGAGGCCCUCUGGGAGCUGCUCCUACGGGCCAUCCUGCAGGCGCUGGGCGCCCACCGCGAUGUCUCUGCCGACUUCUACAGCCGGUUCCAGUUCACGCUGGAGGCCCUGGUCUGCUUCUUCCACGCCGAGGGCCAGGGCCUGCCCCUGGAGUGCCUGAGGAACGGGAGCUACCAGAGACUGGAGGAGGAGCUGCGCCUGCACCGGUGUUCCGUGCGCGAGGGCAUCGAGCAGUACUACCUGGACAAGCUCAAGCAGCGGCCCCUGGAGCAGAGCCGGUUCGGGCGCCUGAGUGUGCGCUGCCACUACGAGGUGGCCGAGCAGCGGCUGGCCGUGGAGGUGCUGCAUGCUGCUGACCUGCCGCCCCUGGAUGCCAACGGUCUGAGCGACCCAUUUGUGAUCGUGGAGCUGGGCCCGCCACACCUCUUCCCGCUGGUCCGCAGCCAGAGGACACAGGUCAAGAGCCGGACCCUGCACCCCGUGUACGAGGAGCUCUUCCACUUCUCCGUGUCGGCAGAGGCCUGUCGCCGCCGCGGCGCCUGCGUGCUGUUCACGGUCAUGGACCAUGACUGGCUGUCCACCAACGACUUCGCGGGGGAGGCAGCCCUCGGCCUGGGCGGCGUGUGCGGCGUCGCGAGGCACCCCGUGGGAGGGAGCGUCAGGGGCCCACAACCCAUCACUCUGCACCUGCGCCGGCCCAGGGCCCAGGUGAAGUCCGCCCUGAGGAUGCUGGAGGGCCGGCCGGACAAGGAGGCCCAGGAGUUUGUCAAGAGGCUCAAGGAGCUGGAGAAGUGCAUGGAGGCGGACCCCUGAGCCGUGGCCACGCCCCAUGUCCCCAUGGUGUCCUGCCUCGCCCUGUGGCCAACACUUGGCGCCCCCCCACACGCGUGUGCACGUGUCUAUGUAUGGCGGGACCCCGGCCCCUCGCCCCCACUCGCUCUGGCUGUGCCGUGUGCGCUGAGGCCCCUGCGCCCACCCUGAAUCUGGACAGCUGACCGGCCGCGCGGGUCCCAGGCAGGGGCUCAGCGGGUGGGGUGGUGCUGCCGCCGGGGUCAGGCGGGGACAUGCGCCAGCAUCACACAGCAGGGCAGACGCACCCCCGGAGGCCGUGGGCCCAGAGCUGUCCAGAGUCCCGUCCCGUCUGCUGGGGCCGGCCUCCCAGGGCUGAGAGGCAGGAAGGCCUGAGUCUGAGCCAGGACGCCAAGCCUUGGUGGAGUCACCCCCGGACCCCGGUGCAUGUGUACGCGGCCUCACCCAGCUGGGCUCCAGAACCCCCCACCCACACGGUCUGCGAAGGGACCGGCCUGGACUGCGACCGCCUCCAGCCCCCUCCUGGCUCCCAGGCUUAAAGCUGGGGGAUGCUGCGCCCCAGCGUGCGCCCAGCUGCCCUCCCCGGGGCUGACGGGCCCAGCGCAAAGAAACAGAUCACGCGUGUCUCCAGGCCUGCAGCUUCAUUGCGGGGCCGGGGCCCAGUCGCCCGCCCGCCUCCCACCCGCUGCGUGUCCGUGCUCCCUGCUGCUUCGCCCGGAAAAUACACAUGU